UCUGGAGUGACUUUUCUAGCAUUUGGUAAUGGGUCGCCUGAUAUUUUUAGCACUUUUAGCGCGAUGACACACGAUUCUUGUUCUUUAGCUGGCGGUGAACUUAUCGGUGCCGCAAAUUUUAUAACGUCUGUAGUCGCCGUUGUCGUAGGAAACUGGGUUGUAAAAAAACGUAAAAAAAGAUUGUUAGAGCCUGCGAUGAUAGAAAAUGAAUUCAUUAACAAACCUGAAGAAUUUGAAGGCGAACGCAAUCCUGAUUAUACUAAUGGGAUAAUUUCACAAAUGUCAUUGACAUUGGCACCUCCUUUGUUGCCAUAUGAUGACUUUGAAAGACCAAUUUAUCAAUCUAAACAUUUACAUCACCAAUAUGGUACUACAAGACCUACGAAGGUACCAAUUAAUCGUAGGCCAUCAUUGUUAAGAACAAUAGAGGACAUAUCCUUGCAAGAAGAAAAAGAAAAAGAUAAUCAAGUACAAUCUAGAUACCCCGACACUCCUUCCAUUGUAGUUAAUGAUGAUCCCAAUUCAGUUGUUGUUGAUGAACCUGAGGAUUAUCCUAUUAGAUGGAAUCGUUGGUUAACUCGCAGUAGUCUUGGCGAUUUUGUUGCCAAUAUUACUAUUGUAAAAACCGGGCGCCCUAUGAUGACCAUAAGUGCAUGCUUUGGUAGUCCAAUGUUGAAUAUUCUUUUAGGCAUUGGCUUGAGUGGUACUUAUGUGACAACCAAAACUGGG